AUGGCGAAGCUCAGAGCAAGCAGUCCCGAAAAAUCAUUCUACGAAUUGGUCAUAAACAUCCACUAUAUCCACGCUCAGCUUCCAGAUCGUGAUCUCAUCAAAAUCCAAGCCAAACGCGGGAACGAAAUCCAAGAAACCCAGCCAAUGCACUAUAAUUCCACAAAUGGUUCCAUCAUUUUUGAAUACCCCUUAGCAUAAAUAAAAUAGCUUUCGCUUUGAGUGAAAUUAGCUCCGCUAAUUUUCUCUCCCUCAAGCAAUUUUACUUAUGGGGGUUGGUUUUACCUCGAGAACUUCUGCACAGCAACAGCGGUUUAGCUUUUGGGGAUAACAAGGAACUGCUCCUCAGUGCGAUCAAGAGGCUCAGGUCUUUACCCCCUCAGCACACCCGAGGAGGUGGACCCUCAGGCGGAACAUGCGCAGGGGCUGAGUCUAAUAAAGCCGUGGCGGCAGUGAAACCCGUUGAAGCCGGAACGCUGUAUUUUACCCGUGCCCUGGUGAUCAAAGUGGAUCGGCCCAGAGGUCCAUAGGCCCGACACGUGGAUAAAUAUGGUGACAGCUCUGGAGGAGGCUACCCCGUAGUGGACGUAAAACGUUAUAGAUAAUUAAGAUUAAGAAUACCCCUUAACCUUCGAAAUCCCCAUAUCUAAAUACAAGCAACAAUUAGAAAACCGAAAAGUCAAGCUCAGCAUGAUAGAGCUGCGAGGCAAAAAAGAAACUAUAAAUGGCAAGGCUGAGAUAGAUGUUUCUCCUUUACUUUCUGGUCUGAAGCUAGAUCGUGAAGAAGUUCCUUUGAAGUCUUGUACUGAUAAGCUUGCAAUUAUAUGUGUGAGUAUUGAUUUAAUUACAGUAAGAGACAAGCGGUCAAGCACAUUAAUUCCUGCUUCUGCCCAAGAGACUGAAGAAGAGCUUUCCUUGCAGAAAAUUAUUGAAACGGAAUGGAGGAUCAAGAGUGAAGUAGCAAGGCCAACUAUAAACACGAAAACACAAGUAGAGGAGGAAGAAAGAGAUACUGCAAGAAGCACGAUAAUUUCAACGAAAGGAGAAUUGGCUAUGUUUUGGGAAGAGUCACCAUCAAUUUCGUCAAUCGAUGAAGAGAUGGAAGUGACGAGAAGGAGGGUGGCGAGGAGUGGGACUAUGCCUACGUUAACGAGAGAAGAAGUUUUCCAUAGGAAGGUAGUAGAACCCAAAAGCGCUAUAGAAGUAUUCACUAGUGCCGAUGAAAAUGUUGAGCAAACUAAGACAGAAGAAGACUCUUCAGAAAAAGAUAAUAAUUUCGAUCAAAAUUUAGAAAAAUCUCCUGAAGUAGUUGUAAUCCCACCGUCCAUUAUAUCAGCUGACCCAAAUUCUCCAAGCAAACUAGAUGAAAUCCCUACAAGAGUCAAAUCCGCAACAAUUUCCGCUCCAAUUUCUCCAAAACUUAGAUCAGAAUCCAUGUCUCCUAAAGCCAAGCUAUUUUUAGACAUAGAUGCUGCAAAAGAAAAAACAAUAAACCCUAGACAGUCAAUGGUGGAAUCUGAAGACUCCAGCUCUGAAGAAGAUUUAGUAGAUGUCAGUGCAGAGAUUCUUCCAAGCGAUGAUAUAAAACCAAUUUCAAUCUUGAAAAGUGUUCAGCCCAAUUUAAGGAGCCAAGACAUGUUUUUAGAAAAAAAAGAAUUGAGCUCAGGAAUCCAUUCAAAAAGAAGUUCUACAUGCUCUGGGUGCAGCUUGCAAUAA